AUGUCUGUCCUGUCAUUUGGCGCUGUGACGGUCAGGUUACUCCAACGGAAAAUCUUGAGUGGGACUUAUAAGCAACAUGAUUGGUUUAUUCUCGCGGCAACUGUCUUUGGAAUUGCAAUGUCUCUUGGCCUCAUAAUCAGCACAUCAUUCGGACUCGGUACCCACGAAAGCGAUCUAGAAUUCCUAAAUGGUAUCCGCAUGCGCCAGGCCGUCCUCGUCACAAACAUCUUCUAUCUCUCCUGCAACAUGCUCGUCAAGCUCUCCCUCCUGCAAUUCUACCGCGACCUCACCAUGAGCACACCCGCACACUACUUCAUCCACUUCAUGACCUUUGUCUCCGUCGGCUUCGGCGCCUCCUCCAUCAUCGUCGUACUCGCCCAGUGCGUGCCCAUGGCCCGCAUCUUCGACCCCACCGUGCCUGGCACAUGUUCGAAUAUCAGAUUUAUGGACUUUUCGAUCUCGAAUGGGUUCCUGAUGAUGGGCAUUGAUACAGUGCUGUAUGCGAUGCCGGUGGUGUUUACAUGGAAUCUCCAGGUUUCUAGGGCGAGUAAGGUUGGGUUGUACUUCGUGUUUGGGCUGGGGCUUGUCGUCCUCAUCGCCUCCGCGCUGCGCGUCUGGAUCAUGUACGAAAUAAAAUCCACUGGCGACAUGGCCUUCCAAUACGGCCAGUUAAUGCUCUGCUCCACCAUCGAAAACCACCUCGCCAUCGCCGUCGCCUGCGCCCCCUACAUCAAAACCUUCCUGCGCAACUCCCUCCUCACGCGCGCCUACGCCUCCUUCAGAUCCCGCAUCAUCACCAUCGUCGCCGCUGCCACCGCGCCCUCGGCCGACAAAUCAAACAACAACCACUACAACCACCACCAUAACAACAACAAUGACGAUGAUGACGAUAAUGAUCGCAUCACAUCCCUCGGCCCCGCUUCCGGCCCACCCAUGAUCCCGCCCGUGCGCGUCCACGGCGGCUUCCGAAACGCGUUCCGCACAUGUGAGUUCUUCUCGCAACUUACGGGGCGGUGGACGGUGAGGGUGGGGGAUGGGACCGGGGCCGGGACCGGACUCGGGUAUGCGGAGCGCGAAGGGGAUGUGGAGAUGAAUGCCGGUCUUGGUAGACACGCGGGCGAUGACAUGCGUUCGCAUCCGGCGCUGAGGAGUGAGCAGGAGCAGGAGGAGCAGGAUCAAGGGUGGGAUGUAGUAGGGCCAGAAGGGGAUGACGGGAGUGAGAAGGAAGGGGUGGUGGUCGUGCGGUUGGACGGGGUGCGGUUGUCGGAGGGGAGUUCGCGGUAUUCGACGCCUGUGGGGACGUCGCCUGGGCCGGUGGUGUUGGAGAAGGGGUAUUUUGGGGACAGGGUGUAA